UAAUGAGCACCUAGCACCUGCACAUGUGUAUGAACAUUUGCCUGCCUUCUCUCCCACAGACUGUGUGUGAGCGUGGAGGAUGCCUACCUGCACACUGUCACCAUUUGGCUCACAGUGCGUCCUGAUAUGACAGUGGCCUCUCUCAAGGACAUGGUGUUUCUAGAUUAUGGCUUUCCACCCAGCCUGCAGCAGUGGGUGGUUGGACAGAGGCUGGCACGAGACCAGGAGACCCUGCAUUCGCAUGGUGUUCGACAGAACGGAGACAGCGCCUACCUCUACCUGCUGUCUGCCUGCAACACCUCACUCAACCCGCAGGAGCUGCAGCGGCAGCGGCAGCUUCGGAUGUUGGAAGAUUUGGGCUUCAAGGACCUUACCCUGCAGCCACGGGGCCCCCUGGAGCCCAUCCUUCCCAAGCCCAGGGCCCACCAGGAGCCGGGGCAGCCAGACGCAGCACCAGAGUCGCCACCGGUGGGCUGGCAGUGCCCUGGCUGUACUUUCAUCAACAAACCCACACGGCCUGGCUGUGAGAUGUGCUGUCGUGCAAGGCCAGAGACCUACCAGAUACCUGCCUCAUACCAGCCCGAUGAGGAAGAGCGAGCACGCCUGGCUGGAGAGGAGCAGGCGCUGCGCCAGUACCAGCAGCGGAAACAGCAGCAGCAGGAGGGGAACUACCUGCAGCACGUGCAGCUGGAGCAGAGGAGCCUGGUGCUGAAUACCGAGCCCGCUGAGUGCCCUGUGUGCUACUCAGUGCUGGCGCCCGGCGAGGCCGUGGUGCUGCGUGAGUGUCUGCACACCUUCUGCAGGGAGUGCCUGCAGGGCACCAUCCGAAACAGCCAGGAGGCAGAGGUAUCCUGCCCCUUCAUUGACAGCACCUACUCGUGCCCUGGCAAGCUGCUGGAGAGGGAGAUCCGAGCGCUCCUGUCCCCUGAGGACUACCAGCGCUUCCUGGACCUGGGUGUGUCGAUCGCAGAGAACCGCAGCACCUUGAGCUACCACUGCAAGACCCCCGACUGCAGGGGCUGGUGCUUCUUUGAGGAUGAUGUCAACGAGUUCACCUGUCCUGUGUGCUCCCGGGUCAACUGUCUGCUCUGCAAGGCCAUCCAUGAGCGCAUGAAUUGCAGGGAGUAUCAGGACGACUUGGCCCUUCGGGCUCAGAAUGACGUGGCUGCCCGGCAGACAACGGAGAUGCUGAGGGUGAUGCUGCAGCAGGGUGAGGCCAUGCACUGCCCACAGUGCCGGAUUGUGGUCCAGAAGAAGGAUGGCUGUGACUGGAUCCGCUGCACCGUCUGCCACACUGAGAUCUGCUGGGUCACCAAGGGUCCACGCUGGGGCCCUGGGGGCCCAGGGGACACCAGUGGGGGCUGCCGCUGCCGGGUCAAUGGGAUUCCUUGCCAUCCUAGCUGUCAGAACUGCCACUGAGUUGGAAGAUGGUGGCCCUCAAUAUUGACCAAGACCCACAUGUGUAGCAGCUAAACAGCAGGACUAGGCCAGGGGUUUUAACUCUGGUUUGGCCACUGUACCUUUAAGCUUGGCCAGGGAAAAGGCCCUGAGCUGUGCUGCCAGCUUGGUGUCUUACAGGAGCCCCAGCUGAGCCAGUGUCAUGUUGCUCCACGGGGUUACUGACUAGCCCUUAUGGCCCUGAGCUAGAUACCCUACCCUUACUAGCCACCAGCCUCAAUUAAACACAGCCCUGACCUAAGGCCUGGCUGGCUGGCUGGUGUUCUGAGCCGCCCUGAGUGACUGUUCCCCUCAGCAUGCUCUCUGAGGACCCAGAUCCUCACCCUUUGCCUUGCUGGCUUUCUGGGCACUUUCGCUGCUGUUGCUGUUGAGGACCUGGCAUCUCUAAGCACUGUGGUGAACCCAAUCCUGGUAGGUCAGCAAACAUAGCCCAUGGGGUCAGCUCUGUAUCCCCCUUUGAAUAAGUGAAUUAAAGUUGUUUCCCAGGAA